AGCUGUGAGGAGCUUGCCGGCCUUUCAGGCAAGGGAGACUAUCCGACUGUUCUGAGAAGCUCCCCACAGAGCCUGCUUCAUUUCCAUAAGAACGGAGCUCCAAUAGUCUACUUGAAGGUCCACCAGCAGCGGAGUGUACAUUUCGUUUCGGACGUGAAAGAAGCUGAAACGAUACGUUCUGUAGGCCGAUGGGAUAUGGCGAUGUACCGUUCAAUUUCACAUGCGAUGUGCUCGCGACAUAUGAAAGAUAUUAGCAGAGUGUGUGCUUCACACUUGCGGUGUCUCAGCACUUUGGUAGAUCUUCCAGAAACUCAUGCUCUGUUACGCAAGACCUGUCGAGACUUUGCAGAAAAUGAACUUGCACCUAUUGCAGGAAAGAUUGACAAAGAACACACCUACCCAAAAACACAGGUGGAGAUGAUGGGAGAGCUGGGACUGAUGUGUGUGUCGGUGCCCGAGGAGGACGGGGGUACAGGCCUGGACUACCUGGCCUAUGCUAUAGCCAUGGAGGAGAUCAGUAGGGGUUGUGCUACUGCUGGAGUUAUCAUGAGUGUCAACAAUUCACUUUAUUUAGGUCCAGUUCAGAAGUAUGCCACCAAAGCCCAAAAGGACCAGUUCAUGUCUCCAUUCUUAUCAGGAAAAAAAGUUGGCUGCUUUGCGCUCAGUGAACCAGGCAAUGGCAGUGAUGCAGGGGCGGCCUCAACGACAGCUAGGCUGCAGGGGAACAGCUGGGUGCUCAAUGGGACCAAGUCAUGGAUAACAAAUGGCUAUGAAUCCGCAGCAACUGUGGUGUUCGCUACCACUGAUAAACAGCUGAAACACAAGGGUAUCAGUGCCUUCCUCCUGCCCAAACCAGUGGAAGGGUUGUCUCUGGGCAAGAAAGAGGACAAGCUGGGCAUACGGGCAUCAUCGACAUGCAACCUCAUCUUUGAUGACUGUCACAUCCCUAAAGAAAACCUUCUUGGUGAACCAGGCUUUGGAUUUAAGAUUGCCAUGGAAACAUUGGAUGCGGGAAGAAUUGGUAUAGCUGGACAAGCUCUAGGUAUUGGCCAGGCUGCCCUGGAUUGUGCCAUUGAUUACUCAACAAAGAGACUGGCGUUUGGACAACCAAUAGUAAAGCUUCAAGCGAUCCAGAUGAAGCUGGCUGACAUGCAAGUGAGACUAGAGAGUGCAAGACUCCUCACAUGGAAAGCUGCUAUGCUGAAAGAUUCAGGAAAGCAGUUUACCAUGGAAGCAGCCAUGGCUAAGUUGGCAGCAUCAGAAGCUGCUACAUUUGCUGCCCAUCAGAGCAUCCAGGUGCUAGGAGGUAUGGGGUAUGUGACCGAUAUGCCAGCUGAGCGACACUAUCGAGAUGCAAGGAUUACAGAGAUAUAUGAAGGCACCAGUGAAAUACAGCGCCUUGUCAUAGCAGGCAGUCUUGUGAAACAACAUGGAUCUUAAACUAACAUGCAACUCCAGGAAAUAGGAACAUCAUUCACACACAACUUCUUAAAUCUUAAGGUCAAAAUAAUAAGAUUAACAUCAAUCUUUAUAUUAUUGAUAGAGACGAUAUCCUGCAAUUACAGCCAAUGAAACUCAUCAAGUUGCUGCCACUUUCAAAAUAUGCAGGUUCUCUAUUUUGUCAUUUUACAAACAAUCAAUGUGUGUUGACUUUAUCAAUCAGUAUUAGUUGAAAAGAAAUUAUUGCAAUUGUGUUGAUACAACAGAAUCUCAAAUCUAAGUCAUCAGUUGUGACAAAUUCUUGGUCACAUGACAGUGGCUUAAGUCAGUAACAGACUUGCCAUGUAAUAGUGUAUAUUAUUGUAUGUAUCCGGAAUCAUUGAAAGAAAGAUUUCAGAAGGAGUGAUGUUGACUAUGAGUGUGCGUAUUUGAAAUAAAUGGAAUGAUUUUGAAACCCA